CGUCGGUUGUGCGUCCAGGUGAAUCUCUCUGACUGACGGGUACCGCCAUUCUGGGACGCUGUCCGGGACUUCGCCAUUCGACCCACGGUACGGUGUAAUAGCAGUUUCGAACGAUCAUCAUCGACAUGACGGGUGAGCAGAAGGGUACGGUUCUGGUGACCGGUGGAGCAGGUUACAUCGGUUCCCACACAGUCGUUUCGCUGCUUGAAGCUGGUUACGGUGUGGUGGCGCUGGAUAAUUUUACCAAUUCGGUAAAUUCGGCGAAGAACGAGUCCGUGGCGCUAAAACGCGUCGAAGAGAUCACCGGCCGGAAGGUUCACUUCUAUCGGUGCGAUCUGCUCGACAAGGAAGCGGUGGAACGGAUUUUCAAAGCCCAUCGCAUCGACUCCGUAAUACACUUUGCUGCCCUGAAGGCGGUCGGUGAGUCGAUGAGCAAUCCGCUGCUGUACUACAAGAACAACAUGAUCGGCAUGAUCAACCUGCUGGAGGUGAUGGAUGGGCUCGGAAUCUACAAGAUGGUGUUCUCUAGCUCGUGCACCGUCUACGGCGAACCGGAACGGCUACCGAUCACGGAGGAAAACCCAACCGGCAACGUGACGAACGUCUACGGGCGUACAAAGUACUUCAUCGAGGAGAUGCUGAAGGACGCGGUACGGGCGGACCAGAAGUGGAACAUCAUUGCCCUGCGCUACUUCAACCCUGUCGGAGCGCACAAAUCGGGACGCAUCGGCGAGGACCCGACGAAGCAGUUCACCAACCUCAUGCCGUACAUUGCCCAGGUGGCAAUCGGGAAGAAGGACGUGCUCACGAUCUUCGGUAACGAUUACGACACCCCGGACGGAACGGGAGUACGGGAUUACGUGCACGUGAUGGACCUGGCAAGCGGACAUGUUGCUGCGCUGAAUAAGUUGGAUCAAGAACACGUUGGCUUAAAGAUGUACAACCUCGGCACCGGCAAAGGCAUAUCGGUGAUGGAGCUGAUAAAAACCUUUGAACGGGUGAACAGCGUAAAGAUCCCAUACGUUAUCCAAGAACGGCGUGCCGGCGACAUAUCGUCAAUGUUUGCCAAUGCUACGCUGGCCGAAACGGAGCUCGGAUGGAAGGCGGUCCAUACCGUCGAUGAGAUGUGCGAAGACUUUUGGCGAUGGCAAACCAUGAACCCGAACGGUUACAAAACAGAGCAAGCAAAUGGGCACCAUUAGAGGGAAACCUUGCCAAUUGUCAUGGUGUGGCAAAUCGACAUAUUUAUUAUAUGCACUCUCACGCCCCUUCUUUGGCGUCUUCCGUGGCCAGUCUAAAGAUGCGCUUGUUUUGCAGUUUUAACACUUCCAUCCCAACAGACGUACACCCGGUAUGCAGGCUGCGUGCGAAGAGCUCCAGACAGUUCGGGUUUCUC